AUGGCUAUGAUGCCGCAUCCCCUCGAUCCAUUGUCUCCGGCAGAGAUAUCGCUGGCCGUGCGUUAUCUGAACAAUGCAUAUCCGAGCGAUAAGCUCGUCUUCAGGGUAGUCACCCUUUUGGAGCCUCCCAAAGCUCUAAUGAUACCAUAUCUAGAAGCAGAGCGUUCUGGCAAACGGGACAUCACUGCUCCAAAGCGGAGUGCGUUCGUUCAGUUCUACAAGAACACAGCAGCAGAUUUUCGCGAGGUUCAUCUUGAAUUGGACACGGGCAAGAUCACAAAAGAGAAAGACCUCGCGGGAAGACACUCCUAUGUCGACACGGAUGAGAUGCAGGCUGCUGAGAACGCAUGUAUUGCCUCGGCCGAGGUGCAGGAGGCUAUUCGCUUGCUGGAACUCCCCGAGGAGGCUGUCGUGUGUAUUGAGCCUUGGACGUAUGGAACCGACGGAAUGAACGAUAUGUCGGAGCGAAUUAUCAUGUGUUACUUCUAUAUGCGUCUUGGGAACCAUGGUGAUGCGAACCAUUACGCGUAUCCACUAGAUAUAUGCGUGGAGAUGUCGGGCGAUCUUACGGUGAAACGAGUUCUGUCUCUACCAUUGGGUGAGCACGACAAGACUGGGCUUGUCAGUGAGGUCGGUGUUAAGCCGUUUGAUCGGAACAAGAUCCACCACACCAGCGAAUAUCAUCCCGAUCUUGUCACCGAGAGGCGAACUACAACCAAGCCGUACCAGGUCGUCCAGCCAGAUGGGCCCUCGUUUCAGGUCCAUGGGAAUCUGCUCACAUGGGAGAAGUGGCGGAUGAGAGUUGGCUUCAACUAUCGGGAGGGCUUGACGCUCCACGAUAUUACCUAUGAUGGUCGGAGCGUUUUCUACAGACUAUCCCUAUCUGAGAUGUUUGUCCCCUAUGGCGACAGCCGUGCCCCAUAUCCGCGCAAGGCUGCUUUCGACCUUGGAUCGAACUUGGCCGGUGUGAAUUCAAAUAACCUCAAGCUGGGCCAUAUCAAAUACUUUGAUGGAUACCAUCACACCUCUGCUGGCGACCCGAUAGUUCUACCAAAUGUAGUUUGCUGCCACGAAAUUGAUGACGGCAUACUGUGGAAGCACACCAACUAUCGGACGCAGAAUGCCGUGGUGACAAGGUCGCGCGUCCUUGUGUUGCAGACGAUCAUCACAGUCGGGAACUACGAGUACAUAUUUGCAUUUCACUUCACUCAAGAUGCGUCGGUCAACUACGAGGUCCGCGCAACAGGCAUUCUAUCUACGGCACCCAUCAACUUGGGCCAGACAGCGCCAUAUGGAACCAUUGUGGCCCCCGGGGUCAUGGCGCCGUACCAUCAGCACCUCUUCUCCUUGCGAAUCGACCCGGCUAUUGAUGGGCACAAAAACUCCCUGAUGGUAGAGGAAUCCCACGCAAUGCCCUUCAACGACCCCGACGCUCAUAACCCUUUCGGGGUGGGAUACACAACUGUGAACCACAUCGUUGAGUCCGAAACGCCGCUGGAUCUUGACGUCAGCAGAGGACGAGUAUUCAAGAUCAUCAACGAAAAUGUCAAGAACCCCAUGUCCGGCGGACCAGUCGGCUACAAGCUUGUUCCGCACUACUCGCAAAUGGUACUGGCGCACCCGUCAUCCUACCAUUUCAAGCGCUCUGAAUUUGCCGACCACGCUGUCUGGGUAACCAGAUACAGCGACGAGGAGCGGUACAGCGCAGGCGAGCACACGAUGCAGUCACUGGGAGGAGAGGGCAUCGCCUCCUGGAUCAGAUCGCGACCGGUGCCAGUCAGCGUGCGCAACGAGGAUAUUGUGAUCUGGCACACGUUCGGGACGACGCAUAACCCCCGCGUUGAGGACUGGCCCGUCAUGCCGGCGGAGAAAAUGACGGUCUCGUUGAAACCGGUGAACUUCUUCUGGAGGAACCCUGCAUUGGACGUACCCGUCAGCUCGCAGGAGGAUAACAAGAGUGUCCUGGUGCAGGAUCAGGAUCAGGAUCAGGAUCAACAUCGUGGCGCUGUCCAGGCAGAUGCUUGUUACAAACUUUAA